GUCACAGCUACCUACCAAACCAUAGCUAGCUUAAUAUCCAUUCAGGAAGAAAGGUCUGAGUAGCUUAGCCUUUUUGCUAAAUUUCUUUAUAGUGCAAAAAAUGGCGUCUGUCAACCCGUUUAAUCUCAGUGAUUCUGAGGAAGAGGUGGAACGGCGACCGAAUGAAACAGUUGACACAGAGCGAAGCCCAAGCGACGGAGCACCCGGGCCGCCGCCAGGCAAUCCUUUCUCCCCUCCUGCGGACGCGGAGCCUCCGACGCUCCUGCUGUCUAGCAACCGGACGAGCCCCAGUGGCGAGGGCAUCCCUGUGUCGGCCGCGGCCACCACAGCUAUGGCAGGCAGCACCGAGACACGGGUGUCAGUGGAUGUCAUUGCUGCUCAGCUUUUACGGGACCAAUAUAUUCUCACGGCCUUGGAGUUUCACACUGAACUGUUGGAGGCAGGCAGAGAGCUACCGAGGCUCAGAGAUUAUUUCUCUAACCCGGGCAACUUCGAGCGCCAGAGCGGCACUCCUCCUGCCAAAGACCAGGUCCUUGGACCCGGCGGACCACUGAAUCGAGCAGGCAGCAUCAGCACCUUGGACUCUCUGGACUUUGCACGUUACUCAGACGAUGGCAACCGAGAGUCGGACGAGCGGGUGGCAGUGCUGGAGUUUGAGCUACGGAAAGCAAAGGAGACCAUUCAGGCUCUGCGCGCCAACUUGACUCAGGCAGCAGAGAGUGAAGUGCCCUCUCAGGAGAGGAAAAACUUCAAGUCGAGUCCUGAAAUUCAGGAGCCUAUACGCCCACUGGAGAAAAGAGCCUUAAACUUCCUUGUGAAUGAAUAUUUAUUAAAAAAUGAAUACAAACUGUCAUCCAUCACCUUCUCUGACGAAAAUGAUGAUCAGGUAAAGAUUUUCUGGCUGCGACUUGAGUUGUGGGAUGAUGUUGGUCUCAACAUCCCCAAACCUCCAGACCUAUUACAGCUCUACAGAAACUGCGGUACCCCCUUGCCUUCACCUCGGGACACAGUUGACAUUUCAGUGGGAGUGGAUUUUGGUGAUCUCCCUGGAAACUGCAUUGCCCAAGAUCCUCCAAAGAAGCCUGAUCUUUUGCAACAGCAACAAACAGAAGUGGUUCAAGAGUUGGAGUAUCAGAUCAGCCUCCUCAACAAUGAAAAGCAGAGCCUAGCUGAGCAGAUUAAGAAGCUGCAGAGUGAAAUUCAGACACUAAAGCGGACGGUGUCAUCCCCACCUCCAACUGACCGACCAUCUCUGGACCUAAGCUCCCAGAAUGCAUCUAACCCCUCCUCCUCCUGCAACACUUCCUCUACUGACCCCAUCUCUAUGCCACCUACAGAUAAUGGCCAGUAUCUGGACAUUCGGGGUGUUUCAGAGCCUGAAAAUGACCCUGACUCCCCCUCUACUCAGAACACAUCACAGCCCCACUCACAAUCCCACAACAAGCUUAAGAGUCGGCUUCCUGUUCAGUUUGAUCAGCCGAACAGGUGAGUGAAGAAUUGUCCCCCAGCCUUCCAGCAGGCCCUGCUUUCCUUCUGCAGAAUGUGCUACAGCCGUCUGGGAGCAGAGGUUUCCCGCAUUGCAGACAGCGAGGAGAGUGUGAUGUUAAUGCUGGGCCGCUGUCUCCCGCACAUCGUCCCCAAUGUCCUCCUUGCUAAACGAGAGAGAAUGGUUGCACCUCUUUGCCAGGAGUUAAUUCCACUUAUCUUAUGUACCGCCUGCCUUCACCCAGAGCCUAAAGAGCGAGACCAGCUCCUUCACAUCCUCUUUAACCUAAUCAAGAGACCAGAUGAUGAGCAGAGACAAAUGAUCUUGACGGGAUGUGUCGCAUUGCAAGACAUGUGGGUCCAACCUCGUGUCGAGGCUGAAUUACUUCCCCAGUGCUGGAACAGAUUAACCACACAAUAUCCAGAGAGAAGAUUGUUGGUGGCAGAGUCCUGUGGAGCCUUAGCGUACCUGCCUAAGGAGAUCCGUAGCUCCUUGGUAUUAUCCAUGUUACAGCAGAUGCUCGCUGAGGAUAAAGCUGACAUGGUCAGAGAAGCUGUAGUCAAGAGUUUGGGUAUUAUCAUGGGUUACAUAGAUGACCCUGACAAGUACUCUCAGGUAUGUGUUUGAAGGGGAGAGGUUUUCGAGCUGAUGCUGCUGUCACUUGGGGAACCAUCAGAGCGGGUGGUCAGUGCAGUCCACCAGGUUCUUAUCCCUGCCUUUGCUGCCUGGACCACAGACUAGGCACUCUGCACACUGCACUUAUCCCCUCUUCUGCUAGCACGUAUAGAGAAACUACUUAUGCAAGGAGAACACGGUCUGGAUGAACACACGCUGCAUGUGUUCCUGUGCCUGCAGUCUCUCAUCCCUCCUCUGUUUGCUGUGGUGCUACAGAAUGCACCUUUCACCAGCAGAGCCAAACUCCACGGAGAUAUCCCUGUUUCCUUAGUGACCCGGUUCCCCAGGCCAGCCUCACCCCUCCAAGAUGUGGACAUCAUAGGCAGCAGGGAGAUGUUGAGUGCCCUGCUGCUCCUUUUGAUCACCAGCUUGAACAUGAAGGAACCAACUGGCUGGGAGAGCCUGCUUUGGGUUGUCAAUCAGCUCCUUCCUCAGCUAAUAGAGAUUGGGUCGCAUCAAUGUGAAUCAUCGACAUGCGUCCAUGAAUUCUCUCGCUUCUUCUGGAGAUUCUGCCGCACCUUUGGCAAGAUUUUUACCAACACUAAGGUUAAACCACAGUUCCAAGAGAUUCUCAGACUAUCUGAAGAGAAUGUUGAUGCUUCAGCAGGAAAUGGUAUUCUCAAAGCCACCGUCCCCAUCUAUGCCACUGGAGUGCUGACAUGUUAUAACCAGGAGGAGGAUCGUAAGUUGUUGGUGGGUUUUCUGGAGGAUGUCAUGACAACCCUGUCUUUGUCCCAUGCACCUUUGGAUAGCCUGAAGGCCUCAUUUGUAGAACUGGGUGCUAACCCAGUGUACCAUGAACUGUUGCUGACUGUUCUCUGGUAUGGUGUAGUCCACACGUCGGCGCUGGUUCGUUGUACUGCUGCACGGAUGUUUGAGCUGCUGGUGAAGGGGGUGAAUGAGACGCUGGUAGCUCAGAGAGUGGUGCCGGCUCUCAUCACACUGUCCUCCGACCCUGAAAUCUCAGUGAGGAUAUCCACUAUUCCCGCGUUUGGAACCAUUAUGGAGACUGUCACGCAAAAAAAGCUACUAGAGCGUGUAAAAAUGCAGCUGGCAUCGUUUCUGGAAGACCCUCAGUACCAGGAUCAGCACUCUUUGCACAUGGAGAUUAUUAGGACAUUUGGGAGGGUCGGACCUAAUGCAGCACGCUUUAGAGAUGAGUUCGUGCUGCCACACCUUCACAAGCUGGCAUUGGCUAACAACAGCCAGACGGUGGAAAAGAGGAUCGACAUCGCAACACAGCUGUUUGAGGCCUACAGCGCCCUCUCUUGUGUGUUCAUUUCUGAGGAGGUGAUGGUCAACCACUUCCUGCCUGGCCUCAGGUGUCUCCGGGCUGACAUGGAGCAGCUCUCUCCCGACCACGAGGUCAUUCUGAGUUCUAUGGUCAAAGAGUGUGAAAUCAAGGUGGAAAACAGAGGAAUGGGAGAUGCACAGGGAUCGAUGUCCAUUGCAUCCAGUUUGGUGGGAGAAGAUGCCCAGACCAAGUUCCUUAAGAUGGGUCAACUAACCACCUCUGGCGCGAUGCUUGCCAACGUCUUCCAGAGAAAGAAGUGAUUAUUACAACACUGACUGACCGUUACACCUAACUGACAACCCCCGCUGUCCUGACAAGAUUUUCAUUUAACUGGAAACACUAUUGGCUGAUCUUAAAAGUAGAAGAGCCCGCGGUGUUUUGUUUUUUCGGUUUUUAGAGCAGAGGGUUUGCUGAAAUUAAAAGGUGAACAGUAAUGAUUUUUUUUGCAGUUAAAGCUGGGGUUCUUACCUGUGCUCAUUUUCUCUCGUUAAUCUUAAUCAAGGAGAACAGUGCUGUCAGGGAAUAGGGUUUUCCUUAACGGAGUAGUGUUGUUAACAUUGUCGUUUCAGAGUGCGGGUUGACAGCGGUAGGUUCUGAACAGUAUUGAGAUUCACCCUUAAUGAUAACAAGGGACUGUCGAUAUGUCUCUGGGUCAAAAGUAUCGAUGGAUUUCAUUUAAUUCUCAGUGCAGUACUUCUUGUUUCAGAGGAUUUUCACUUGAAUCAAGAAACAUGCAAGGUCUAGUGGAUUUCAUUUUCUUUUUUUCUUUUUUUUUAAUUGGGGCUAUUUUAGAGGGAAGGGUUCUGUUGCUAUGGCAUUUGGUAUGUGACAUUCAUACUGAAAGACAACAGAACGACUGUCAGUCUGUUAAAAAGCCUCUGUACAGUGUGUCUGUACGGCUCAGAUGUAUCGCCUACUUGAAGCUAUAAAAGUACCGUCUUGCCUUGAUUUCUGUCUGACUGGUUUUGGUUGUGAUAGCUUCUAUUUAUAACUUAUUAUGUCUUAAUGAAGAAAAACAUACUUUAACUUCCAAAGAAUUUGCACUUCACUUUACUAUUUUGUUCCUGUAUAUAUAUGUUUUGUUUUGUUUCAGAGUCUUAUACAUUAUGAAGAUUAUCAUCCUGUUAAUGGAAAUUUUUUUUUGUUUAUCUGUUUAUCAAUGUGAAAGCUGAAGAGAACAUGACCUAAUUAUUCCCUCUCUGUUGCAUCUUGUCUCUCUGUGUUGCAGUGUCUCUGAUACUUGUACCUUUUUUUUUCUAAAGUGGGUUUUGGGUUUUUUCUUCUGUUACUUUUUGGAUAUGCCUUACGAGAAACGGUAAAUAACUGUAUAUACACUGAACUGAGGAGAAUGGUACUCAUCAUGUAUAUUUGAAAUUGGUGUCAUGUGUAAUAAAGAUGGAGAUGAGUUGUGUACUUUAAUC